AGUUGACUUCUGCUACCCGGGCGAAGUACUUUUGUUAGUGGAAGUUGUCAAACACUCUUAUAGAUUUAGGUCUGAUAAUGGGUUUGCUUUGCUUUAUUUCACGUACUUCAAUUUUCGUUAUGUUCAGUUCUAAAAGACGUAUACUUAAUGGGAGAUUAAUGUAAUAUGUCCAUUGUUAUGCGGACGUUUGAAUAAAGAAAGCUUGUCCGAAAAAGUCAUUGACGUAAUAGCUGGGAGCCGAAGCCAUAACAACAAUAACAUGAUGAACGCAGUCGCAUGCGUAUUUGUUUUCACGGUAGUGUCGAAUGGUGUAUGUGGUUUGGAUUUGAGUCGGAGAAAUAAAACAGAAUCUUUUCGUCGCAUUAUAAGUGCCGAAUGUGCAGAGUUUGGAGAAGUGGUACAUGGAACAGUUUCCAAAAUCAAUGCAACUAGUAUCCAAGGCGUACAUAUAGAAUGUGAUGAAGGAUAUGAUCUCACUGGUGGGCCGAAAGUAUUGUGUAAUGAUGGUCGGUGGGAUGCAGCGCCUCGCCCUAUGUGUGCUAAACGGUGCAAACCACCACCGCUGCUGCGCGAUGGAGGAGUCAGCGUCGAAGCUCGCCAAGAUGGCCCUAACAGCUACCGACAUGGAACAAAGGCUAUCUACAGCUGUGGGGUGGGGUUUCAGCUGUCACCACCUGGCAGCCACAUUCGCUCUUGUCACGACGGUGUGUGGACGGGACUGGCUGCCACGUGUGUUUCGAACGGGUGCCCGCCACCACCGUCGGUGGCCGACGGCUACCACGUGCUUGAACCCCUGAGCCCUGCUGCGGUGCCAGUGGUGCCGCACACCGACCACGAGGGGCGGAUCGUGGUGAGUGUAGAGCAGCGAGUCCACUACAGCUGCAAUGUGGGCUACACUCUACAGGGGCCGGCGAGCCUCCAGUGCCUCGCAUCGGGCCAGUGGAACCCUCGCCAGCCUCCCAAGUGUGUGCGCCAGUAUGGACCGCCCACAGAGCCGCCUCCACCACCACCUCCACCUCUGCCCGGUAUGGAUAUGGAUGCCGACAAAGAAAGAAUUUCAGCACACGUUGCACCCGAGCUGUCACUGCCGGUCUGCCCACCGGCCCCAACUCUGCACCACACGCAGGUGUCCGUCCUAGACGGGCCACAGACUGCCAACAAUGCGGGUUCGGGUGCUCGGCUGGAGGUGAGGUGCCGCGAAGGCUACCGGGAUCCCGCCGCACCCUGCGUGCCAGCCGUGCUGUACUGUGAGCAGGGUUCCUGGGUGGGAUCACUGCCGAUCUGCGAACCAGUUUCAGACUGUCCACCACCACCGGAUGUGCAACAUGGCACUCUGACACCACUGCCACCGAGAGAAUCGUCAUAUCCUGUGGGAUCGUCUGUUAGCUACAGCUGUGCCACUGGUUAUUUUCUUGAAGGCGAAAGAACUUUGACCUGUGCUGCUACUGGCUGUUGGGAACCGGCCACAUUGCCUUCCUGCAAACUUGAGGAGCAGCUUUACGCACUUGCUGGCUGCCCGCCUCCACCGCUCGUGGAGCACAGCACGAUGUCCUCGCCGACGUCAGAGACUUCGUACCCCGUGGGGUCAUCGGUUAGCUACAGCUGCUUCCAGGGUUACGUGCUGGAGGGGGAGCACAUCAUCACCUGCAAUCCCUCCGGCCUCUGGGAGCCUUCCCCGUUGCCGACGUGCAGAGCUGAUCCACAGCCUUAUGCCUACCUGAGUACAUCGAGUGUGCUGCUCGUGUCCCUCGCGGUGGCUCUCGGCGUCUCACUCAUUCUGCUCGUGGUCUGUGUGGUGGUGGUGUGUCGCCACCAGGGGCCCAAGACACGCCCCGGAGUUCCGUCGCCCUCGUCGUCAAGCGGAGGAGGUGGAGGCCACCGCGGUGGCUGCGGCGGACCACCUGGUUCUCUUGGUGGGCCACGCCACUCUUCUCCGACAGGAUGCGUUGCCACUUCUGGAGGUGUUUUGCACGACCCAGACAGGGUCGCUCUUAUCGCAUUUGCCGAUGGAGUUCAGUUGGGAGAGUCGACAGCUCUUCCAACCUACGAAGAGGCGGUGCGCGGGUGCGAUCGCAGCAUGGCUGGCGUCGGCGGCACGGUGGGGGGUGGAGGCGCCUCCCUGAGUGCGGGCGGCAGCCAGGGUCACCGUGGCCAUGGGCGCGGCCACUGGGCGGGCCUGGGGUCGGGCCGCCGGCCGGUGCACGUGACACGCCAGUCCUCCAGCACGUCCCACACAGCCUCCCUGAGGAGCGGUUCUGCAGCCGGCGACUCUAUGGGCUCCACAGACACCAUGACACCGAGCGAAGUUUCGACAACUGUGACACUAGACACAGUGUCAUCACACACGUGCAGUAGCGGGGUCAGUGGCAGCGGCAGCGGUAGUGGCGGAGCAGCGAGCUGCCGUGCUAUCUGUGGCAGCCUCGCCUCGUUUGACACCAGCUCCGCACUCAAUACUGAAGGUGUUCCACUUCUCGAGGAAAGUGAACUGGAGGAGGCCGAUCUCUCUGGUCCGUGCAAGCGCCGACGCCCGUCACCGGACCCGCCGGGGGUCGCCUGAUGCAGGGUUCACGGGGGGCGGUACUCGCCCCCCUUGCCGCCCCUGUGCCCACUCCCCGUUCCACCGCCACCACCUCCGCGCAGGCUGCGCAAGUUGUAAGUCUGGCUCCUGGGCACAUGGGAUAGGCUAGAGUUCCCGGACCCUCGGGGACGGGCUCGGCAGUAGGAAGUGUAAUGGCUGCUUGUUGUCACCCAACUUAUCUGUCUCCACAGCAUUCCAAAGCUACAAGACUCCCGAGUUCCAUAAUCUAAUGCAGUACACAGAAGUGUGUAAUAUGAAAACCAAAUUCUUGUUUAUUCGCUUAAAAGAAAAAAACGGGAUGGCUCUUGGGAACUGAGAGUAAAUUAUUGCUUUUCUGUCAUCCUUUGUUAGCUCUAAUCAAAUUCUUGUUUGUUCCUGUUACUAUAAUUUGUUGUUUACAUGUGGUGUGUAUUGUUCUUUCUCCAUGACUUUGAGUUAUUAACUGUCAGAACCAUCCUCUUUCAGACUGUGGAUCAUUUAUGUUGAUCGGUUAUCAGAAAUUAAUUGUUAAGAAUAUUUUCUGUCUUUUUAAUGUACACUACCUCAUUUUGGAUCUGGAACAACAUACAGUGUUCGAAUGAACAUUUACAAUCUAAUAAUAGUUGCUACUGUAUAUAAAUAUAUCCUAUGCAGUUUCAGGUCCGUGCAUAAAAAAGAAAAACAAAUUGAGGAUUGGUCCUAGUUAUUAAAGAUCUGAGGAGAAAAAGGAAAUAAUCAGGAAAGGCAUAUUUGUGUAGUAUAUAGCAAAAUGGACAAAUAUAUGCACUAAUCAGAACUGAAAGAUCAAAAUACUUGAAGCACACUUUUAAUGAUGUUUCCUGCAUUGAGAAUCUGUCGUCCAGUUUCUUCUGUUACCACCCUUCAACUGUUCCAGCUAUAGCACUGAAGUCUCCAGUGCACCUUGCAUAGAGGAAUAAAAGUCUUAGAAAAACAAUAUAUUAUUUAUCCCAUCAGGUGUAUAAUUGUAGGUAUAUUUUGCCUUGUUUUCUGUCCCUGCAUGAGUUACCAUAUCACACAUCUUUUAAAAGCUCAUGAGACUGCAUUGCAUCCUAUAAUGGUGUGAAUAACUCCUAUUAUACUGUAAGAAAACGUUUACAGUGUAAUGUAAAUCCCUCUCUGCCCUAUUAGAAGAAUUUAUAACUUUCAAUUAAAGUUUAAAUCUUGAUAUUGUCUCUGCAACAAAAACUGUUAGCAUUUAUAUUAGUAACUUUGUCAUAGUUAAGUGUUGUGAAAGUAUAAAAUUAUAAAACCUGUGGUAAUGUAUUAACCAACAUUUAAGUCAAUUAAGUGAAUUUUUGACAUCACCUUCAUGAGAGCAGGCUUUUUCCUUUAAAAAACAGAAAAGGCAUAAAAUUGUUGGUUUAUCGCAUUGUUGGAUAAUAGGACAUAUACUGGUUUCAGUCACAGUGAGAAAUAAUGAAGGAAGGAUAAACUAACUCUUCUUUAGCUGCUGAGGCAUCAAUAAUUGCGCAAAGGCAUGUGUGUCAUAUUAUAUGGUAAAAUGCAGGAUAAUGUAAACAAAUGUUAUGACUUUGUAUGCAGUAUUCAAAAUGCUGAUACGUCAUUUAUCAGAUUCUUAGAUAUUUAGAAGGCUUCUUUAUUAUGUGGGAGUUAUCUUAAAUGUUCUGUGCAACAUUGUUGGUCAGAAAUUACUACAUAGUACAAUCUCGUAGUGUAAAUUUAGUUAGUUACUCAAUAUGGAUGUUGUAGGUCAGUAUAUGAGCACUUAGGUGACUGUUAUAUUUAUUGCUGUUAAAUCACUCUGUCCAUAAUGUGCAAAGCAGUCACACCAGUUUUAUAUGUGUUUUGCUUAAUAUAGACAUGUAUUAGCUCCCAUACUACAUGGUGUGUAGACAUAUCGGCAGAAGCCCUCUUAACUAAGAAACAAAUAUGAGGUCAUUUAGAAGCAAGGGCUUUACUGAAAUACUCUUAAGAUAGUGAGUGUCAGAAAGCUUAGUUUCAUUACAGUCAGCACUUAUGUUUUUAUUUGUGUAUUAUAUUUGUUCCAUUUGUAUUUCUUGCAAACAAGCAGGCAAAAUUAAGUUUCACCAGUGUAAUCUAGUCGUAGAUUAGUUAUACUUCAGCUUCAGAAUGUAACAGGUCAAACAUUACAAAUGUUACAUCAUCAUCUGUCUUGUCUAUCUGUUCACAGCAGAAUAUAAAGGUUCAACCAUCAUCCAUUGAGAUUAUUAUAUUGGUGUUUUAGAAAUGCCGGGUAUGUUGUGUGUGUGUGGUUGUGUGUGUGUGUGUGUGUGUGUGUGUGUGUGUGUGUGUGUGUGUGGUUGUGUGUGUGUGUGUGUGUGUGUGUGUGUGUGUGUGUGUAAAUAUAUAUAAAUUUGUAGCUAGUCCUCUUUUUGAGGUUUCUUAUUUUAAUAUAAUUAUACUGACAAACUCUUGAUGUAAAUGUACACAUAAGCAAUGCAUUCUGGAGAUUUUUUAAUUUAUUUUGUUUAAAUUGACAGAUGUUUCAGCAGGAAAGAGAAAAUAUUUUAGUGUGUCUGCCUGAAUGUAUAACUUGAUGUUGCCCUUCACUGGCUGCCCAUGAGGCCUACUUGAUAUAGCUGUUGCUCAGAAAUUUGCAAACUGUCAUUUUGGAAAGGGAGAAAAGAGUUGCAACCUGUAAAUAUAUUUGAAAAUUUGAAGGGUUUAGUAGAUUUGUAGAUCAGGUCAUUGUACAUGAUAAAACUGCACCAGGAAAGGUGUCUUCACAAGCUGAUCUGCAUUUUUAUAAAACAAUAUGAAUGAAAUAGUAGCAUUAAGUUUUUUAGUUUCAUUAUUUUCCCUCCCUUCAUACUCUGUACUACUGAAAAUAUUCACUCAUAUGUCCCCAUUAAUGUUUAUAAAAUGUGUGCCAAUAAAAAUCAUUGUAUUGUUAAGGAUAAUUAGUAACAUUCUUGCUUCCAUUUUGUGAUGAUAAAAUAAUAUAUGAAUGAGUACAAGGAUUGGUGUUCAGAUAAAAAAAAUUAUCUAGAUAAUGUUAUUUCUUGCCCAUUUGCGAUAGAAUAUGUUCUGUUUAUCGUACAGGUGAUUUCUGUCAGUAAUGGAACAUAUAAAUCUAUUUUACAUUUUUGAAAUGUAUUUAAUGUUCCUAAGAGAUACAUUUGUACAGCCAUAUUAACAGAGAUCCAUAGUUUUGAUAAAUGAACUAUUGAAUAUGCAUUAUUUACACACAUUAGCAGAUCAGUGGCUUUUAUUGCUAUAAUUUGCUAUAAAAAUUAUAUUUGUUAAUGCAAGAUUUAUAAAAUAACUGAAUGAAACCUGUUUUUGCAACUACAUAUGUAUUUUUUGUUUUGUUUUUUUACUGUUUGCCAGUAAUUAAAUUUCUCGGUAAUUGGUAAGUGUGGAAACAGAUGGUGUUAAGACAAAUAAGUUUUUUCAAAUACGCCAAGUCUUCUAGCCGUGCAAACUGACUGAUUAUUGAAUAUUUUUAAGUCCUCUUUGUAAAAAGCAAGUGAAGCAAGUAUCCUAGAACUAACCGCUGCCUUUAUUAACCAUUAAUAACUGUAAUACGGAACUAAAUUAAUGUUGUCUGGUACACUAUAUGUUCCUGUGUAUCUCUUACUAAAAAUGGAUACAGUAGUGUUUUCAUUGCUAAUUUUUGAUACAAUUGCGUUGCUUUAAUGUAUUAGAAAAGCCAAUUACACAGGGCUUCAGAUACGGAGUGGUAAUGCUCUAAGUCCUGUCACUAAUUCAUGUUAUGGUAGUUAAGUAAAGUGUUUCAUUGUUCUAAGAUGUGAUCUCAUUGUGCUACAGCUUUUUCCUUUACAGAAAAAUCAAAGAAACUUGACGCAAAUAAAAAUAAUAUGCUAAUCUUAUGAAAGUAGUCAUCUAUAUUACCUGAGGUGUAACUGAUGAUAAAAUAAGAGAACUUUUCACAGAUUACACCAUCCGUAGAGAUUACUUUCUAAUAUUUAUGUUAGUAUUUAUUUAUGUUAGUAUUAAUUUAUGUUAGCCUCCACCUGAAAAGUUUUACUUAUUUAUCACAUUUGCUGUUACUAACCAGGUGCAGUAAUAAGUACAUAAGAUUGUAAAUUGUCAUUCAGUUUUUAUUGUGGUCUUUAAACAAGCCAGACUGCCCUUCCAGCUUUUGUUCAGUAAUUGUCAUUUGAUACGAUGUAAGUACUUAUGGCCAUAUUCAGCCCAUGACUCUUUCUGUCACACUGAAUCUCCGCAGCUGAAGUUUGCACUUAUGUGUCAGUCUUCCUGCAACGUAAAGUAAUGAAAAUCUCAAGCUUCCCAAGUGCUUUAGUGCUUUUCUGUACAUUUUUUUUUAAUUACUUGAGUAGGCCAAGUUCUUUACAACUUAAUUGAGCUGCUCUCAUUCAGAAAAAAAGGGAGGGGGUUGACUUGAACUUGCCAUGCAGUACCAGUUACACACCUUCACUUUUAGAGUGCUAAGUUUUUCGUGGGAAAACAGGCAAAAAUACGUUAAUUAGUAAGGAGACAGUCGUAAGUCUUCACACAAAUGUUAAAAGUAAUGACUAAAGUUUAUUUUAUUCAUACAAAUGGUAUUGUAUGAUGCUGCCAUUACAGGAUACAUUCCACAUCUCCCUCCUGUGUCAACACAUGACACACUGUCUGACCAGCUUUAUUUGAACAUGUUACAAUGUUUCUCCUUUUAUUUGUUGACAUGGUAAUGUGGUUCUUCUUUUAAGAUGGUAUACAUUGCAUAUUUUCAGCUUGCAAACAAGCAGUUUCAACUGGGUGAGAUUGUGCAGCAGUUAGCACACUGGACUCACAUUCAGGAGGACGAUGGUUCGAACCAGCAUUUGGCCUUCCUGAUUUAGGUUUUCCACAAUUUCCCUAAUCGCUUACAGCAAAAGCUGUGAUGGUUCGUUUGAAAGGGCAUGGCCGACUUCCUUCCCUAAUCUGAUGAGACCAAUGACCUAGCUGUUUGGUAUCCUCCCACAGGUCGACCAACUGACCAAACAAUCAAUUGUAAGUGAUCCGAUAGAAAAAACUCCAUUGGUGUGAGGUUUGGUGACCAUCAUUUUACUGCAUUUUUUGAUUUAAUGUCCAGGAAAUUGGUGGUCCAGACAGGGCCAGUUAGAGGACAUUUUUCUGCACAAAUGACUUAUCAUCUUGCGCACCCCUCCCCCCUCCUUCACCCUCAUAAACUUUCACCUGUGUCAGUUUUCGCUACUAAUUUUGCAACACAUUGUAUGCAAGUCUUGCACAUGGGCACCUGUGUCAGCUUGGCAUGCCAAGCAGCCAUUACUAAUUGUGGAACAUCCAGUAUUGAAAUCCUACAGUUAUGGUGCCUCUGGCCCCCUCUCAACUUGGCACUUCAAGUGUUGGUUCGUUUCGCGUGGACCGUUCUGUAAUUUGGUAGUGCCCUGUCUUGCAAGAAGACCCCACUUUCAUCUAGGACUGAUACGAAGAUGUCAAUUUUCAGCAUGAUGAGAUAGACCAUUAGACUAUGUUUGCUUCAAUGAAGAAAACACAAAGAUCUUGUAGCCUCAAAUCCAGUAGCACACUGUGAAUUCCUCCUCACCUUGGCUUUUACAGUUAGACAUCAAAUGCGUGUUGCUAUCCAUCUGCUACCUUCCAAUUCAUUCGUUCACGUAAUCACUAACAUAAAAAAUUGUCUCAUCUGAAAAAAGAAUGGAACUAUCAGAUUUAUUUAUUUUCCAUUUUGCAAUUUCCCUUGGCUGAAGCUUCCUUUGUUUUUUCUCCAUUGAUGUAUGUUUUGCUCUCCCUGAUACUUCUAUAUGUAAUCCAUAUUAAAUUAAAACUUGUCAACUUUCCUGUUUGCUAUUAAUAUUUCGUCACCUUUUAAAAUCUCAUCUGUUGCUUCACUUCUUACCGUACUCUACUUUCUCCCUGAAAACAAGGUUUCCCCAUUCCUCUACAAACUGUUGUGGAUCUAAAUUCUGGAGAUUUUGUGAUUAACUCCGUGUGUGUGUGUGUGUGUGUGUGUGUGUGUCUGGUGCUACUGUACUUGUUGGCAAAAGUAUUUGUCUAUAUUAAACUGUAGUUUAAAUUAAUGGACACUGUCUUUUCUUUGUGGCAUUUAUUGUCUCGAAUUUGUUCACCCUAUGCUAGUUAAGGAAAUGCCAGAGCCAUCAACUUAAUUUGAAUAUUGCCCAAAUAGAUUUUAAUUAACAUUAGGUUAUUUUUAUAUAAUUUUUGCUUGUACAUCUUUGUCUUUAUCGUUUCAAAAGACUGAUGUGGCAGCAGUUUGUGUGUUACAACUUGCUGCUUCUCACUUUUGUGAGAAAGGGUACUCAUGUUUUCUUGUCUAGCAGACAACAGCUCACUUUCUUUAUCUGCACUUGAUCAAAAUAUGCACACAGAGAAUAAUUAUUAUAGAUAUAGAAGGAGUUAUCUUUAGUUUGUAAGAUUGGUUUAUAAAUCUUUUCUUGGAGUGACACACUUACAAAAUCAUCUUGUACAUGAGAUACAGGAUUUGAGUCUUGCAUUUACUUGAAAGUUAAAUGAGUCUGCAUACUCCAUAUGAAAUCUGAAAGAUUCAUUGUAGAAUAUAAUUGUUGUGAAAUCAUUACAUGAUAAGGGCUGAGACAUCACUGUUAAGAAGAUACUUACAUUCAAGAGCCCACACAGCAUGUUUGCUAAAUAAUAAAGCUUUUGAAGCAAAAACAGCAUUUUGUUUGUGGAUAAUAGGGUUUCAAUGUUAAAACAUAAUUUAUGUCGUGGCUUGCAUGCUUUAUCUAUGAUAAAGUGUAUUUUUAGUGGCAUUAUAUUAAUUACAAAUGUAAACACUGUUAUAUAGCACAAAUGGACACUAUUAUUGUAAGAAGUAAGUAAGUGUUAUUUAGUCUAUGUUCUCUUAACUCUGAACUGAGCUGUGUUAAGAGAUUUGUCUAAUACGGAUACUGUUUGCUCUGUGUUCUCUUCACCUGUUAAAUAUGAACCAUAUUUAUAAAUCUCUUUCAGAGGUGUAUGUUUUAAAAGUCCAUGGAAUUAUCUGAAUGUUGGUAUAUGUUAAAAGUUAGUGUUGAAUUUUUCUAUUGACCUAAUAAUCUAUCAUAGUUGAAAUGUUAAAAAAAAUUGUAAACAUAAUUGUGACUCGUGUUGAUAUUGGAUAUCAGAAACAAUAAUGCUAUGCCAUUUUCAAUAUUUUUGCUUUGAUAAUUUAAGGCUUGUCUGUAAUCAAUGAGCUAAUUUUUCAUGUUGGAAUUAAUUGCUGUUUGCUACUGCACAGAUGUGUCAGUGCAGCAAACAUUAUUCCUAGUGAAAGUACUUUUCCCUUUUUCGAAACAAUUUUCAGAGCCUGUUGUCUUACUCAAAUACAAUUUCUAUGUGUCUACAUACAGGAAGAUGUGUAUAUAUUAUUGCAAAAAUGGGAUGUUACAGUAACAAAAUUUUUAAUCAGGUUCCUGUGGUUACCCAGAAAUGUGAAGUACAAGGUUGUGAUGGGAAUAUGAUGUUUAGUACUCCUUGUGUGUUUAAACAUAUAGGAUGGCUAAACAUUACUUUGGAUAUUUUCUAUAUAUUUCAUGUGAUAGUCUGACAUGACAAUGGCAGUGGAAAAGAUCUGUAUUGUGUAUGUCAGGUUCAAAUUCAAACUUGCCACCUGGUGUGGUGGAAAGAAGGGAACCACCUACAAAAUUUUGCAGUUUGACUAUUUUUAUCUGAUAUACUUUUAACAGGAAAAUGUAUUGUUGUUGGUGUGCUUACAUGAUAAAGCACUUCAUGUUAGCAAAAAUAAUUUCCCUUCAUAGAAUCUCUUGGUAUAUGUGGUAUCUGCUUGGUUUUAUUUUGUAGUUACACAUCAUUUGUAGACCACUAUUUUAUGCUCACUGACACAGCCAUGUCUUAUUUGUUAGCAGUGUACUUGUCUACAUUUUUGUGUUACAAACUAAAAGUAAAUAAAUGUCUUGCUUUUA